AAGAACGAUGCGGCGCCAAUCUCCCGCUUACCAUCAGAUGUCCUUGAUAUCAUUUUUGACGAGCGUCGUCGUGUGCUUCUCCGGUGGACAGGUUUCCGCAGUCCUCUUCCCAUCGAGGUGCAACUAUCGCACGUAUGUCGAAGAUGGCGUCAAGUGGCUUUGAACACUCCCUCUCUAUGGAACACUCUACGGAUCCUGAUCCUUCACAGGGAAAGCGCUAUCAGAACCUACUUACAUCGCCGCUGUCCUUUCAGCGUCCAUUUGGGACCCCAA